AUGCAGUGUAGAAACCAGCCUGGAGCCAAAGCUCCCAAAAUAGCGCCGAAAAUUGUCCACCAAGAGCAGCAAAAUGAGUCGCGUGUGUGUAGAGGCUCUAUUGUUGCCUCAGUGCAAUUGAUAGAUCUCAAUUCUGGACAUGGGUAUCUGAGCUUCCUGAAUUCUGGGAUAUCUUUUCACGAUGGUGGAGAAAAGAACAUAGCAAAGAAAGCUAAGUUUAUGGACCACAGGCUGGACUUAUAUACGGCGACAAGCGCUGAGAAAGAAUACCAAGAAAGCCGUUAUUUGUCCCUGUUUCUGGCGCCUGAACGGUAUCGGGGCGCUAAAGCACUUGCCGUAAUAUUAGCUGAAUGGAGCAUACAGACGCCACGACCUCUAGAGAAAGCGCCAGCGCCAUGCAGCAGACACUAUCUGCUAGCCACGGCCGACACCCGAGCACCUUUUAGUCGCCGCAAUCUUGCAAAUCUGCACAGCAACCGAUUACGUUAUCUUGAUGAUCAACUUUUCGGCUGA